AAACGGUUUUAAAACUUCACUGUUUUGUAUUAAAAUACAAGAGAAUUAAAUAAUAAUUGUAUAUGACAAACUAUACUGAAAACAGUAUUUUAAGAGAAAAUAUGGAAGUACAUUCUUGCAAACUAAUUCGCCAUAUGUCGAUUAAAAAAAGUACCUACGAAAAUUUGUCUUAGCACAAACAUAAAAAUCAUUUUCGCUCUUAAAAGUCUUUGCGACACUUGUAUGGUUCACAGUUGAAAAAUAUACAAUUUCACGCUGCUGUUUAUUUAGUUAGUAUGUAAACUCUUUGUAAUUUAUUAUUCAUUAUUUUUCACUUCCAUUAGAAAACAAGGCAGUCAUAAAACAAGAAAUCAAUUUUCACAAGAGAAUUAAGUAAAGGAAAAAAGAAUCCUUUAAAUUGAAUUCUAAAUAAUUUGUAUGGACAUACAGGUAUACUGAAAACACCCAACAAAUAUUAACCCCUAUUAAAAAAUACCUGACAAAUUUAAAUAUCUUUCUCAUUAUCAUUAUUUUAAGGACCUACUGGAAUUGCCUUGGAAAGUAUUAUAAAUAUGUACAGUAUUACAGGUAGAUAAAGACCCCAUAUAUAUUAAGGUGUUCCUCGUUUCGAAUCUAGUCUUUUAUAUUUUGAUCGGCAUAGAGGUCAUAACUGUAUAAUAGUUCUUUCCAAACCGAACCGUUUCAUUCAUCUAACAUUUCAUUUUAAACAAUGUGCCUUAAAAUGUUUCUUAUUCUUGUGAUCUUGAAAACAACGAUCGCUUAUCACCCGGUUAUUUUAAAAAAAGACAAAACAGUUAUUACUUUUGAGCCUAUAAAGAUAUCACUACCAAAGAAUAUUAAAAACAUAAGUCCCACAAAAUAUCCCUACUAUGAAGUUGUUACAAACCCACCAAUAAUAAGACCUACUAAAGCAUCACCAAUAUCAUUUGAUAAUGAAAAUGAAAAGCUUCCUGUUGAUUUGAUUGAAACCGCUUCAACAAAACUGGGGAUUACAAAUUUGGAGCAAAUUCCCAGCUUAAGCGAAUUAAGUAAUCUCUUAGGCACAACAUCGCGUGAAGAGACAAUUGAAACAAUUCGUGAGUUGACGGAAACUGAAAGUGGAAUUGAUUUAAUUAAAGCAUUCAUUGAGUCAUUGGAUUACACGGACAGUACAGCAGACAAAAAAGAUAACAUCCAAAUACAAUCUGACACAUAUGAGCUACCAGUGCCAACGAGUGAAACAACGCAAAAGGAUUUAAAUAUCAAUAAACAAUAUUUGGGAACUCCACCAAAAGAAUUGGGAUUCUUUCAACGCGUCUGCUCAUAUCUCAACUUUUUUUAUCUGUUCCCCACAAGUAAAGAGGUUCCCGUUUCAAGGAGUGAAAACGAGUUAGAUCAUAUAAAAGAUUCUAGCAAACAUAAUGAAUCUCAUAAUCAACGUCAAUCUAAGUUACAACCAAUAUCGGUUGCGAACCGUUUUCCAAAUUCAUUCCCAGUUCCCUAUAGGUCGGAUGCUUCUAUUGGUACUUUUUCACUUUCUACGAAUCGGGCCAUGAAAGAGGGUAGACAUCUCCCUGAAGAUAAAAGUUUUAACCUCUCGUUGCGAGAACGAUUUCUACAUUAGCAUGUAAUGAUUGCGUCACGGUCACUUUUAAAAAGAUAUAAGUACUUAAGACUUUUUGACAUAUUUUAAUAUAAAUUUUAUAGCAAAACUAAUAAACUAUGAUAUUUCAAAAAUUAAAAUGAUUUCUAUACAAAUAAAUGGUUGCUACACUUAGCACUAUAUGCAUAUA